UUUUCAUAAAAAAGGCGCCCCACUGACCAUUUUUUUCUUCUCUCACAGUUCGAAAACGGAGACGAAGGGCAUCGGCGGCGAUCUUCAACGGCCCUAUCGAUCUCCGAUUGCCAAACUCGAAUCUACAAUAAUAAGAAAAAUCUUCGAAAAUCCAAAAAUCGCUAUCGUGUGUGUUUCCAAACUUCUUGGGUCUUUCUUCAACCAUCACGUCCAGAUCUCAUGAUUCAUCGUCCGAUCUCGUGGCGGUUCCGUAAACCUUGAUGCAACGACCUCAUGCUCGUUCCAGGUUGAAAAUCAAAUCCGAUAUGGAUCCUCUCCGCCUUCAUACUCAACCUGGCCAACGACCAUCGCUCGCCAAAUCCAAGUGUAAACCGAAGAAAUCGAUUAUCCUCAUAACCGUCGGUUCAGCCGCAAUCGCUUUAAUUAUAUUCUUCGUUUGCUAUACAUUUUUACUCUCCGGGAGGAAUCGGAGAGUUUCGCUCCGUUACAGCGUCGUGAUCGACGGCGGGAGCUCGGGGACCCGAGUCCACGUGUUCGGGUACCGGAUUGACUCCGGAAACCCGGUUUUCGAUUUUAUCGGAGAUGACGGUUACGCUAGCUUGAAGCUGAGUCCUGGUUUGUCUUCGUACGCUGGUGAUCCGGAGGGAGCGAGCGUGUCGGUGGCGGAGCUUGUGGAGUUCGCGAAAGGUAGAGUUCCCAAGGGGAAGUUGAAGGAGUGUGAGAUUAGGUUGAUGGCUACCGCUGGGAUGAGGUUGCUUGACGUUAGUGUUCAGGAACGGAUUCUUGAAGUUGCCAGAAGAGUUCUUAGAUCUUCUGGGUUUAAGUUCCGUGACGAAUUGGCCUCGGUUAUCUCCGGAUCUGAUGAAGGUAUAUAUGCUUGGGUUGUUGCGAAUCAUGCACUUGGUUCUCUAGGAGGUGAUCCGUUGCAAACAACGGGGAUUGUUGAACUUGGUGGGGCUUCUACUCAGGUGACAUUUGUGUCAAGUGAGCAUGUGCCUUCUGAGUUCUUGCGUACGAUAACUUAUGGUAACGUUUCAUACAGAAUCUACAGCCACAGCUUCCUCAACCUUGGACAGGAUGCAGCUCAUGAAAAACUAUGGGAGUCACUCAACAGCUUAGCUGCAAACUCUACAGAAAAAGGAAUAGUGACUGAUCCUUGUACUCCAAAAGGAUACAUCCUCGACAAAAACUCUACUGUGGAAGGAAUAGUCUUACCUGAAGAAAGCAAAUUUACAGACUCACUUCAAGCUGCUGGUAAUUUCUCAAAGUGCCGAUCAGCUGCAUUCAACAUCUUACAGGAAGGAAAAGAGAAAUGUCAUUAUAAGCAUUGCUCUAUUGGAUCAACAUUCACACCUAAUCUUCGAGGAAGUUUUUUGGCUACAGAGAAUUUCUUCCACACCUCAAAGUUUUUUGGGUUGAGAGAAAAAGAUUGGCUAUCUGCAAUGAUUUCAGCUGGAGAGAGUUUUUGUGGAGAUGAUUGGUCGAAGUUGAAAGUGAAGCAUCCAACAUUCAAAGACGAGAGUUUGCUUCGGUAUUGUUUCUCAUCAGCAUAUAUAGUCUCAAUGCUUCACGACAGUCUUGGUGUUGCUCUUGAUGAUCAAAGAGUCGAGUUUGCAAGUGAAGCAGGAGAGAAAGGCAUACCACUAGAUUGGGCAUUAGGAGCGUUUAUACUAAACACUGCAACAGCCAUUUCUGAUAACAGUGGUAAAUCUAGAAAAAUUCUUCUUGAGUAACGUAGCCAAAUACAAAAUAUAUGAUAUUAGUUACAAUGAAAAAUAUUGUUUCAAAAGUAAAUGAUAAUCAUAUAUUUGUAUUCACGUUUACUCGUCUUUUAACAUUACAAGUCUUCAUUGUUCUCUUUUUAAGUUAGGUACAUGUUAAAAUAUUGGAAACCAAGUUGAUUCAGAGUGGGAGGUUUUUUUCAAUGUAUUGUAUGAGUUUUCAACAUUUUUUACAUAAAUGACAACUCAUUUCCUUUCAA